AGUCGUGGAUCGUGGCAACUUGCACUGUUUAACCGUCCCGGGUUAGGAACGGUGGGACGGGCACUUGCGACAACCGGGCGAGGAGGGGAACGACGAUGUAACUGCGCUUUGCAUGGCGUGCGAAGAUUUUUUCAGAUGAAUCUGCAUGAAGCAUCUUCGUCGGAUCGCCGGUAAUCACCGAUUCGCCAUUCGAGCAAGAACGGUUCCCGUCCGGGGAAGCUUCGCGGAAACGCCGAGGAUCCGUGAGACCUUAUGGUAGCUUCCGACCAAAUUCCGAUUAAUUUGAAGUUUCGGUCGCCCGCCAUCGUCGCAACAAGUAUGGGUAGCUGCUGAUCUUGCAGCAAUUCCGGUUUCCAUGCGGCGAUGACGGCCGCGAGGAAAUGUUUCCAUGCGUCACACGCCGCGCUUCGGAGGUGCACCCCCAGGCAGGUGGCUUAGCCACCGAGAGGCUCGACGCACUGACGGCGACCCGACGCUCCGUACGAGCCUGUUGGACAUCCGAGAGGAUGUUCACGCGUCUCAAGUCUCACCGUCGGUAGACGAUAGCUGAUUGAUAUCGACAUGCCCGGGGAAACGAUCUCCAGGAGGGAUGGGACGGCUCAGAUCUUGAAGGCUCUUUGGAGAUGAAAUUAUAAGAUGACGAGCCGCUCGUGACAUCCGUGUCGCGUAAGAAAUUUAUCUGACGAUCUGGAUAAUCGCAUAGUUAUAAUAAUUAAUUUUCUCGACACUUCUGUCAAUAGCUUAUCAAUCUAUCACAUCCGUUGUCGUUUUUGAGAUUCAAUUAGAAUAUACAUGAUGCAUAGUAAUUGUUUAUACGGAGCGUGCUGAGGUAUGUUAUUAAUAUCGACAGGUUUUAUAUGAUGAUGCGACUGAACUUCAAGACAACCUUGCUCGUACUGGUUGUCGCAACACUGAGCUUUCUACUUGCGUCGUGGAAUAAUUGUGGAAGCCUGUUGUUUCAUACGGACUGGAAGACGAAGUAUCACAAGGAUCGUUUAAACACAGAAUCGGGAUACCAAGAGAUAGAUUGUCAUAUAAACGGCGAUUACUCCAUAGGAUGUCGCAAAGAGGGCGACGAAGUGUAUAUACCAUUUUCAUUCAUCCAUAAAUACUUUGAGAUUUAUGGGAAACUAGCUACUUACGACGGUCUGGAGAGAUUCGAAUGGCUGCACAGUUACUCGAAGAUCGUGAACCCCAAGGGAAAGUACGAUCCCCGUGGUGUGUUUAUGACCUUUGAAAAUUACAACGUCGAAGUCAGGGAUAGAGUCAAGUGCAUCAGCGGCACCGACGGCGUGCCGAUAUCGACGCAAUGGGAGAGCCAGGGGUACUACUAUCCCACGCAAAUUGCUCAAUUUGGAUUAUCGCAUUACAGUAAAAAUCUAACCGAGCCCGAGCCGCACCGAAAGAUCGUUGAGGAUGCCGAUAAGGCUAAGCAGAGCUGGAACGUCCCUCAAGGUUCGGUGAUGAACAGAGUGUACGACAAGCUGGCCAACAGUUACGCCCUGAAAUUCGCCACGCCGGAAACGAGCACGUCCGGGAUUUCCCUGAAGCUGGAUCACGUAUUGGACUUCGUGUUGAAAUGGGAUUUUAAUAUCAAAGACAACGGAAGUGUCACGGUUGUACUGCAGUCGAGGGAGAAGAAGGAGAUGUACUACCUUCAUUACGUUACCAACAACAUAGUGUUGCAUAAUUAUAAUAAUCACGUGUACUAUGGAAUCGGGCAAGCUAAUCAUCAGUGGCGACGUCUUACCAGAGACCUCGUGGUUGACCUACAGAAAGGUCUUUACUUGAAUGAUAAAAGUAGGAAGAAAUUGCCCCGGUCCAAAUUAAAGGUAGUUCAAAUUACUUUGUACGGCUCCGGUAUGAUUGACAAUAUGACAUUAUCAACUAGCGAGCACAUGGAGCAAUUUUACGACGCGGCAAGAUGGUUCGUCGCCAAUCAGAACGUCACGUCCGGCGGCUGGCCGAAUCCGGUCAGGAGAAAAGUAGCGUCUGGAAUGGCUAUUCUCGAGCCCGGAUGGUAUUCCAGCAUGGGCCAGGGUCACGCGAUAUCAGUGUUGGCACGGGCAUAUUACCAUUCCGGGGAGGCGAAAUACUUACAGGCCGCUAUCAGAGGCCUACGACCUUUCAGACUGACGUCCGCUAAGGGCGGGGUGGCUGCGCUGUUUCUAGGCAAAUACGUUUGGUACGAGGAAUAUCCCACUACCCCGUCGUCUUUCAUACUCAACGGUUUUAUUUAUUCGCUCAUCGGUCUCUACGAUUUGAAGAGCAUAGCGAUGGGUAAGGACGCGGAGGAGGCGACCAGACUCUUCAAUCAGGGUAUGAUAUCGUUAAAGAGCAUGUUGACGUUAUACGACACCGGCUCGGGUACGACGUACGAUUUGCGUCAUUUUACACUGAAGACAGCACCCAACUUAGCUAGAUGGGACUAUCAUUCUACUCACAUUAAUCAACUUCUCCUUCUUAAUUCUAUCGACAACGAUCCUAUUUUUAUUACGACCGCGGAGAGAUGGAUCGGUUACAUGAACGGCAAAAGAGCGGCGCACAAUUAACCACAUAUUUAGAGACAGUACUCCAUCUCCUGUGUAUUUUUGUUUACACUUAUUUAUUUUAAGUUAUUUUCAUUCUUAUUUUUUUAUACUUUUAUUUAAAUCAUUUUCAUUCUUAUUUUUUAUACUGCAGAUUCAUUUUGUCGACACUUCAUGAAAAUAUAAUAUAUACUUUAAUCUUUUCUUUCACUAGAUUAUAAAAGAAAUAUUCCUUCGUAUAAUUUUUAUUUUGUAUCAAUCAUAGUCGUAGUCGCGUGAGUGAGUAGAAUAGCUGAAAAAGUGCGAGCGUGUAUGAGAUCUAAGAUUAAGUGCAAUCUGUUAAUAUUAUGUAUAGAAGGACUGUAAGAAUAGGAGAUUUGUGUCCUUAAUAUACAAGACGAUUUUUAAUUAUAUAUCGAUAUAUAUAUAUAUAUAUAUACAUAUAAUUAUCUUUUUU